CCCAACAAUCUUCUUCUCCUCAGGAUUUCUUAUUAUCACUCUCACUAUCUCACUGGCAGCCUGCUACCAUCUCUCCCUAUACCCCUCCCCUCCCUCCAUCUCUCACUCUUUCACCCCCCCCUCUCUAUCUCUAUCUCACUCACUCUCUCACUCUGUCUCUCUCUCUCUCACACACACUCCCUGAGCUGCGAACUGGACCAGAUAGUAUCUCUCCAGUAUCCAGUUCCACAGCCUCAUUUCUCCACACACCAGCUCUGGGUGACAGCUCAGUAGGGGUGUCUGGGAAAUACAGCCUGCUCUAAGGGACGUCUCAGGGAGUUCUACUGACCAGAUACAGGUCACUUGAGCGACUGGCGUUGCACUGCAUCAGUUUACACAGCCCACUCACACACAGGGACGCACCGCACGCUCUCUGGCUGUAUCCCGUUCCUGUCACUCUCCACACUACUUUUCCAGAGAGCCCGGAGAGCUGAGAAUGGGCAAAUCCGAAAGCCAAAUGGACAUCAUGGAAAAAUCUACCAAACCAGGGAAGCGUCGUUGGACUGUUGCAGAGAUUGGGCUGUCUGUGCUGUUGCUGCUGGUCAGCUGUGCCCUAGCUGGACUGAUAGUCCUCUACACAUCGGCUCUGAGAGAGCGGUCCAAUAGACCUGGUGUGUCAAGGAGCUCAGUCACUGAGGGGCAGAAGUAUCGUUCUGGCCCCAGCAAUGUUUGCACAACUCCUGAGUGCGUCACAGCAGCUGCUCGUCUCUUGCAGAACAUGGAUGCGACGGUGGAGCCGUGUCAGAACUUCUACCAAUAUGCUUGUGGGGGCUGGCUGGAGCGUCAUGUCAUCCCAGAGACCAGCUCCCGUCACAGUGUCUUCGACAUCCUCAGAGACAGACUGGAGAUUGUGCUCAAAGGAGUUUUUGAGACUGAGAGUGAUCAGGACCGUGACGCCUUCAAGAAGGCCAAAACUCUCUACAGCUCCUGCAUGAAUGAGACUCUGAUAGAGCAGCGCGACUCCCAGCCACUCAUGCUUCUCAUUGACAGCAUAGGAGACUGGCCUGCUGCCUCAGAGGACUGGAACAGCACUACUGAGGAGGCCUGGAGCCUGGAGGACACUCUAGCCACCCUCAUCUCUCGCUACCAUAAGAAGGUCCUGCUGGAUAUGUAUGUGUGGACUGAUGACCGCGACUCCCGGCGCCACAUCAUCUACAUUGACCAGCCAGGACUAGGAAUGCCAUCCAGAGAGUAUUACUUCAAUGAUGGAAACUACAAAAGGGUUCGAGAGGCCUACCUGCAGUUCAUGGUUUCCAUGGCAAGGAUUGCCCGGGAAGACAGGAACUUGACCCAGGAAGAUGAUCGUGUGGUCGAGGAGAUGGUGCAAGUGCUGGAGCUGGAAACAGAUAUUGCAAAUGCCACAUCCCCUGCAGAGGAGCGACAGGAUGUCACGAUUCUCUACAAAAAGAUGACCCUGACUGAGCUGCAGGAGUCCUUCAAUCUCAACGGUUUUAACUGGACAAGGUUUGUGCGUGGUGUGUUGUCCAGCGUGGCUGUGAAGGUACAGCUGGAAGAGGAGGUGGUGGUCUAUAGCUCCCCUUACCUGGAUAAGAUGAACAAAGUGCUCUCCAAACACACUGUCAGAACCAUGCAGAACUACCUCACCUGGCAGGUUGUCAUGGAGAGAGUCAGCAGCCUUAGUCGCCGCUUCAAAGAUGCCAGGGCACACUAUAGAAAGGCCCUGUAUGGGACGACAGUAGAGGAGGCGCGGUGGAGAGACUGUGUGCGUUAUGUCCAGGGCAGCAUGGAGAAUGCAGUGGGGGCUCUGUAUGUGCGAGAAUCCUUUGCUGGCGAGAGUAAACGCAUGGUUAGUGACCUCAUCAGUAAGAUCCAGGAAGCGUAUGUGGAGACGCUAGAGGAGUUGAGCUGGAUGGAUGACCAGUCUAAGGAAAAAGCAAGAGAGAAGGCCAUGGCCAUUAAGGAGCAUAUUGGCUAUCCUGACCACAUUCUGGAAGAGAGCAAUCUGAAGCUUGACCAGGAGUAUGCCCAUUUGAACUUUAGCGAGGAGAACUACUUUGAGAAUAUCCUUGAGAACCUGCAGGCUGAAGCACACAAGAGUUUGAAGAAGCUGAGAGAGCCGGUCAACCCAGACAUGUGGAUCAUUGGUGCUGCUGUGGUCAAUGCUUUCUACUCACCAAACAGAAACCAGAUAGUAUUCCCUGCAGGUAUCCUGCAGCCUCCUUUCUUCAGUAAGCAGCAGCUCCAGGCCCUGAACUUUGGAGGAAUAGGGAUGGUCAUUGGACAUGAGAUCACCCAUGGGUUUGAUGACAAUGGCCGUAAUUUUGAUAAGGAUGGUAACAUGCUUAACUGGUGGAGUAAUUAUUCUGCUGAGCACUUCAAGGACCAAUCACAAUGCAUGGUGCAACAAUAUGGUAACUUCAACUGGAAACUCGCAGGCGGACAAAAUGUCAGUGGAAUUAGCACUUUGGGGGAGAACAUCGCUGACAACGGAGGAGUUCGGCAAGCCUAUAAGGCCUACAUGAAGUGGAUGGAGAGAGAAGGUGAAGAGCAUCGUUUACCUGGUCUGGACAUGGACCACAAACAACUUUUCUUUCUUAACUUUGCCCAAGUAUGGUGUGGUGCCUAUCGGCCUGAAUAUGCCAGCCAGUCCAUCAAAACGGACUCCCACAGUCCCCUGGAAUACAGGGUGCUCGGCUCCCUACAGAAUUUUGGAGCAUUCUCAGAGGCAUUCCAGUGCAAACCGGGUACUCCCAUGAACCCUGAGAUAAAAUGUCGGGUGUGGUAGCCAGGUCCUGCCUUCUUCUACUCUUGUUAAUUAUUUCUUGACUGGGGCAACUGAACAAAAGAACAUGCUUAACUACCACAGAGGCAUCCUGCCUUAGAGUAUGUCUGAUAGAUUUACAUGGCAGAAGAUAAUAGAUAUUUACACAAGUGUUUUAACAGUGUGUAAAUGCAGAAUACAGUUUAUAUAUGGACUGGAUAACUGACCAAACUACACCCUAGUAUCACCACUUGAAGCAGAUUAAAACUAUGAUUAGACAGGAAAAACACUUGCAAGGAGUAUGUGCUUAGCUACUCAGCUUGAAUAUGUUGUCUGUGGGUGAACAGUUUUACUUGUGGUUUUGUUGUAUACACUCUCAGGAAAAAAAGAUUCUGGGUAGAACCAAAAAAGGUUUCUAUAAUUGCUUUAAUUUAUGGCACCCCUAAAGGUUCUAUAUAGAGCCUUUAGGGGUUGUUCUUCACUGAACCAAUUUGGAUCCAUAUAGGGUUCUAAAUUUUAGUUCAGUGAAUAAGAAUAAGGGUGCCAUAUAUGAAGCAGAGAUCCCUUAUUGGUUCUAUCCAGAACCUUUUUUCUCUAAGAGUGUACUUCAAUCUGAAGCUCUACUGUGGGUGGUCAGUUGAUACAUGAAUAGUCGGGGAAAUGUAGGAAAUUCCUAAGAUUUUGUAGAAUAGGUUUCAGCCGAGCUGGCUUUAAAUGCUUUAACUGACUUUUUGAAGAAUUUCCUAAACAACU